UGCCGUGCCCGUCAGGGUGACCCAGAGGCCCCAGGACCAAGAGCCAAAUGCCCGCGAGGUGUUGCACAAUGGAAGUGUGCAGGAUGUCAAAUUGUAUAACCCACUUGGAGAUGAUGUGAGAAGAGCCAAAGCAAAUGCUUCAUGUCCUGCCCCUGGGAAAAAGAGAACAAAGCCCAUGAAGCCUGCAGAGAGUGAACAGAAUCCUUGCAGUGCUGUUUAUCGCCGGCCCUUCAGGGACAGGGUGAUUCAUUUGCUUGCUCUGAGGACUUACAAGAAGCCAGAGUUACUUGCUCGCUUGCAGAGAGAUGGAGUCAUGCAAAAGGACAAGGGCACCCUUGGGAAGAUCCUUCAGCAGGUAGCCAAGUGGAAUCCAAAGGAGAAUUCCUUCAGUCUGAAGGAACAUCUAUUUCACACCCUUCAGACUGAUUGGCCUGGCUACACUGACAUAGACAGAGAGAAUUUGAAGUUAAUACUUUCUGGAAAAUCAGCUCCAUCUCAGAACACCACCAACACCAGCCAAGCGACAUCUCUGGGACCUUCUGAGAGAGACACUCCAGCAAGACCUGCUCAGAAACGUCCUCUGGCUUCCGACUUGACCAGUCCUGUGACGAGCAAGAAGAGGAGAAUUGGUCACCGGCCCAGUCAUGUCCAGGCAGCAGCUGGUGGCCUCUUUUCUUCCUUCCUUUUGCCUUCCACAUCUCUUUAUCCUUUGGACAUGUCUCCAAGUGUUGUCUCCGUUUCCCCCACCACCCAUGUCGUACAACAAACAGAGAAAUUUCAUCUUUCUACCAUCCCAGCACCUGUCAGGGUGGAAAAGGAGAUCCCCAAUUCAAAUGGGAAAACAAAUUAACUGGGGAGGCUGAAGCAGUUGCAGCCCUUGGAUUUCGAUGAAGGUAUUAAUGUGCUGGUUUCCCUGACUCCUGUGUGCAUAACUGUGGUGUAAAAUUUGGUUAUUAAGUGAAGAUUAAUAACCCAAAUUAAGGUGCAACUGCCACCCUUUUCCACAGUCAACAGUAAAAAUAUUAUUGAACAGGAAAUGCAAAACUAGGCAGACAGAAAGAAAUAAGAGAAGACAGGCAGGGUGAGUGGAAGAGAGAGACAUUCAGCAGGAAGAUAUCAUCCCGACAUGGGCCCUCUUUCAUCCAGCCACUCCUUCCUCAUCCUUGGUCUUCUCGGUGGUGGGGGUUCCCAAGUCUCUCUGGAGGUACCACCUUUAUACUGACCAAGAUUGGGGUAUCCACAGGGUGGUCACAGCUGUCCCUACAUCUUGGGCUAGAAGCCAUGGAAGCAGUGAUUUUCCACAGUCUCGGCAGUUUAUGGAAAUACCAAAAGCUGCAAAAGCUACAAAAACCUAUAAAACCUGGGCUGUGGUUUCCUGGAGUUCUACUUUGAACUACACUGUGAAUUCUUCUUUAUGCCAGCUGCAGAAUUUCUUUCUUCAAGAGCUGUGGAAGUGGUACAGACUGAAAUCAACAUUGAAAAGCUAAACAGAAAUGCAUAAAGAACACUUGAUUUCUGAUGACAGGGACACAGGCAGUAGGGCAGAGUUCAGUUGCUUUGUUAAAUCUGUCGCUUGUCUCUUUUGGAGGUUGACCUUGCAAAUUCCAAGUUGGGUUUGGCAUGGAGGCAGGUUUAGAGUGUGCAGAUGCCUCUUGCAAGUGCUGGUGUGCUUGUAGAGACAGGUGCUUUGAGAUGGUCUUCCCACAUUUCUUCUGGACAUGCACACGGCACCUGCAAACCUUGGGAUGCCUUUGAAGGAUUUCUGCUUGAAUCCAUAAACACAUGAGCAGCUUUUAACAGGAGGCAGUAACAAAAUUCUGCCUAGCUGGUGAAGGAAAAAUCUGUUCUGUGUUUCAAGUUGGGGCUUAGGCUGAAGCUUUUGUGUGGACUGAGCCAUGAGAGCAAAUGCACUUUUGGAAAUUAAAUGCUCACAGCAAAGGCAAGUUGUAUUGAACAUGCUCUGACUAUUGGUAUUUCUGUCCACUUUUAUUACCACUUCUACACUUCCUUUUAUACUUCUGCUAUACCAUGUAAUAGUUUGAACACUAAAAUCAACAAAAGCAAGUGGAAUGUGACAUGAACAGCUCUUUCCUCAAGAUUUAAAGCUCAGGUGGCCUAAAGGUUGGCAAGAAUGGCUGAGUUUGAACAUGAUUCGUUUGGGCCCCUGGAAUUGGCAGGGAAGUGGGGAUAAAAAUAUGGCAUGAGAAGAACUCAUCUUUUUUCUUCAUUUUUUGUUAGAACUUCGAUGUUGGUCUCUCUCAAGCUGUUGUCUUUUGUGAAGCUGCAUCUGUUGCUGCAAGAAUUGAAUGGCUCUGCAGAUGACACCUCAUGCUUUAUAUAUGAGAAAAUAUAUAGCUGGGGCUAACACUGUGGGAAUGCACAACCUGUAGGAUAAAGUGGCCAUUCCCUCUUUCUAAACCCCAGGACAGGCUACUGUGGAAAAGGUUGUGUGUGUCCCAUUAAUAAAUGUUACUGCUUCUUCUGAAUAAUUUAUUGUGAAAAGAAAGCACUGAAGGACUUUCUCAAGACUGUCCAAUGGGGAUCUUUUGGCCUUUUAGUGAUGUCCUGAUGAAGAGUGUCAAAAUUCUGCUUUUCUGCAGGAACAAGAAAAGAUCCUUCCAUUGCCUCCACAUGCUCUGCAACAAGCAACCAAGCAGACUACUUGAGAAAAUAUGGAGCCAUUGUCUCCUUGGAGCAACGCCAGCGCUACAAGGAUGACUUCAAUGCAGAGUAUGAGGAAUAUCGGAAUUUAUAUUUUAAGAUUGACAAGACCAUCAAGAAAUUCAGACAAUUUCAGGAGCAAUGGAAGUCUCUGACUCCAGGCUCCAAAGCUUAUCAGAUGCUUCGUCAUCGAAUCCUAGCAGAUUAUCAGCAGUUACAACAGGUACGUGUGACACCAGACCUGCAGGGCCAUGGCAGCUGCUGACUCUGCCUCAGGGCUUUCUUAAAGCAAAGGACAUCAGAUUCUAAACUCUGCAGAAGUGUUUGCAUGCCCUGAUUUUCUUUUGCUUUCUCCUUCACAGGGUAGCCCCAGCUACUCUGAAAUGAGGAGCAGGUGCCAGUACCUCCACAAGAAGCUGGCCCAUAUUCAGAGCUGCAUUUCUGAAUUUGACCAGCAGUGAGUGGAGUACUGGCACCAGACAUCUGCUUCAGCCUGGUGAAAUCUGUGACAUCUGGAUUUUUUAUUUCAAUGAGAAGAUUAGGUUUUUAGGAUUAUUUAAGUUAGUACAGAUUCAUAGGCUAUGUUAGCACUUUGGAGUAGAUUAUUUCUUAAAAAUGUAGGAUUAGUUCAAAGAAGUUUAGUAAUUUUAAGAAGUUGAAAGAUGAUAGUAUUGACUAUUAACAAUAAAGAAAUCUCACUAUUGGUAA